ACCGCCUGCGCCGGGAGGAGAAGCAGCGUCAGGAGGUGGAGAAGAACCGGCGCAAGCUGGAGGGCGACGUCACCGAGGUUCACGAUCAGAUCGCGGAGCUGCAGGCUCAGAUCGCCGAGCUCCGUGCUCAGCUAGCUAAGAAGGAAGAAGAGCUCCAGGCUGCUCUAAUCAGGAUUGAGGAGGAGGCUGCGCAGAAGAACUUGGCUCAGAAGAAGAUUCGAGAGCUGGAGGCUCAGCUGUCUGAACUGCAGGAGGACUUGGAGCUGGAGAGGCAGGCUCGCACCAAGGCCGAGAAGCACCGCAAGGACCUGGGAGAGGAGCUGGAGGCCCUCAAGUCCGAGCUGGAGGACACCCUGGACUCCACUGCUGUCCAACACGAACUCAGAGCCAAGCGUGAGACCGAGGUGGCACAUCUUAAGAAGACUCUUGACGAAGAAGCCAAAGUCCAUGAGCAGCAGUUGGUUGAGAUGAGACAGAAACACAGUCAGGCCUUUGAUGAGCUCAACGAGCAGCUGGAGCAGGCGAAGAGGAACAAAGUGUCCAUGGAGAAGGCCAAGCAGGCUCUGGAGUCUGAGAAGAACGAGCUGACCAUCGAGCUGCAGACGCUGAUGCAGGGUAAAGGAGACUCAGAGCAUCGCAGGAAGAAGGCUGAAGCUCAGGUCCAGGAGCUGCAGCUCAAGUUCUCAGAGAGCGAGCGCCAGAGGGUGGAGCAGGCUGAGAAACUAGCUAAAGUGCAGGCUGAGCUGGAUAAUGUAAACAGCAUGUUGACGGAGGUGGAGGGCAAAUCCAUCAAGGCAUCAAAAGACUGCUCUGCUGUUGAAUCCCAACUUCAGGAUGUUCAGGAACUGCUCCAAGAAGAGACUCGUCAGAAACUGUCUCAGGGCACUCGUAUGCGUCAGCUCGAAGAAGAACAGAACAACCUGAAGGAACAACUGGAGGAAGAAGAGGCGGCCAAGAGGAGCGUGGAGAAGCAGCUUCAAGUAGCUCAAGCUCAGCUUGCUGAGAUGAAGAAGAAGCUGGAGCAGGACGCUGGCUGUCUGGAGACCGCUGAGGAAGGAAAGAAGAGACUUCUGAGGGACUUUGAGGCAACAACCCAGCGCCUGGAGGAGAAAUGUGCUGCUUUCGACAAGCUGGACAAAACCAAGAACCGUCUCCAGCAAGAGCUGGAUGACCUGCUGGUGGACCAAGACCACCUCCGGCAGAUCGUCUCCAACCUGGAGAAGAAGCAGAAGAAGUUCGACCAGAUGCUGGCAGAGGAGAAGAACAUCUCCGCUCGUUACGCCGAGGAGCGUGACCGAGCUGAAGCUGAAGCUCGCGAGAAGGAGACUCGAGCACUGGCUUUAACCCGUGAGCUGGACUCGUUGAUGGAGGUCAAGGAGGAACUGGAUCGCAGCAGCAAACUGCUGCGGGCUGAAAUGGAGGACCUGGUAUCAUCAAAGGACGACGUUGGAAAGAACGUGCACGAACUGGAGAAGGCUAAACGCUCGAUGGAGCAGCAGCUGGAGGAGAUGAAGACUCAGCUGGAGGAGCUGGAGGACGAGCUGCAGGCCACAGAGGACGCCAAGCUGCGUCUGGAGGUCAACAUGCAGGCCAUGAAGGCCCAGUACGAGAGGGACCUGGCAGGACGAGACGAGAUGGGUGAAGAGAAGAAGAGGGCUCUGGUUAAACAGGUAGGCGUCUUAUUAUCUUUAAACUUCCACACACUUUGGAUUUAA